AUGGCACAAAUAGUGACUGCUGAGCCAGGAACAACUGUGGUUGUCCAGCAAACACAAGUCCUGAGGGAUUGGAAUUCUGGCCUGUUCUCCUGCUUUGAUGAUAUGGGCAGCUGUAAGUUUUACUUGUGGAACCAACAGGGAACCCAACGACGGUUCUUCUAAAUGCAGUGAAAACACUUUUUAGCCUAUGCAGAGAACUUUUGCAUCUCUAGAAGUGCAUUCUAAGCGGCGCUAUAAAAUUUGUACCUGUUCGGUCAUCCUAGGGCAACUGAGUCUUUUCGAAUUUACAAGGGCUUCGCUAUUAUUUUCCCGAAAUUGAAAUUUUAGAUGGAAUUUAAAGUUUUACGAAAGAAGAAAUUUUUCUUAUUCCACUCUCCAUCACAUUUUUGAAUCCCAAAAUGUUAGGUUUCCCUUUUCUACGAGAAAUAGCUCGUUAAUCAUGGGGAGUAGUGUAAGGGGCCCCUUAGAGUACCAACCAAUCAGAGCGCAGCAAAAAUUUUCUCGACCAAUCAGAAUCGCGCAUUUCACCCAUGUGACUUAUUGACGUCACAAUUGCCCAUAUAUGGGCAUGAUUUGACACGUGACCCCAUGGAAUCAAGAACACUCGCACAUAAGAGUUGAAUCUGCAUUUUUCACAUAGUUUUAAUGACCGCGUAGAGCCUGGAUACAAGCGGGACGUAGGUGACCUCCAAAUGAGAUCACGCCCAUUUUUUCUUUUACUGAUUGAAAUGUCCAUACACAAAAUAAAGAUAAGGAGAAUGCUUUUUGGCAGAGGUGGUCAUGAGAUUGGGAUGAGGCCAUGGAAUAUAAUGGUUGAACCCUAAUGGAGACCAUGGUUUGAUCAAAUGAAAAUAGCAAUGAUCAAAGGUAUCUGAAACGAAUCAGAAAAAGCACACGAAAAUUAGAUCCACACAUGGUUUUUUAAUAGACGAGUCGCGAAUAUGCCUGGUUACAAGCGGGACGUGUGUGACGCCCUGGUGACGUCACGCCCUGGAUAUUAACGAGUGAACAAAAUAAAGGGUGUUUGCCUCUUGGAAGAAAAAGUCAUGAGUGCUGGAUGAGGCCAUUUGAUAUAAUGGUUGUAACCUGUGUAUGACCAUGGUUUGAUUAAAGGAAAAUUGAGUGCAGCCAAGGUGUCUGAAAAAACGAAUUAGAAGGAGGGGUGGUUAGAUCCAAGAAGCAAACUGAAUGAGAUAUAGUCGACCAUUGGCACGCACGAGGCGGUGGUUUAUGGUCCAAUGAUUGACUAGAAAAAGAAAAAACAGACCUUCAUUACAAACGGGACGUGUGUGACGCCCUAGUGGUGUCACGCCCUUGAAAUGUUUGUUUACAAUAAUAUUCUAUUAAAAUCCAGUCUUGAUUAUAAUCAAAAUGGUCUAGGAUCCAAUGACAUUCUAAUAAAAAAUCAACGUCUUAGUUUGAGCAUCUAGGAACCAAUGACAUACUAAUGAAAAAAAUCAAAGUUUGAGUUUGAACAAAUGGAGUAAGCUGGACCAACCAUGAUGAUUGACAAUACAGAGUUUGUGAGGGAGGGGCCAGCUUCGGAAAAUCAUGAUAUCUUGUAUAAUCCAAUGGGAAUCUAAUGGAAAUAAAUAAAGACUGAACAUCCAGCAGGGGUGGCGCCACCAUGCAGACCUCCCCCUGCCGGGUGUUCAGAAUUCCCAUCCUGUACUUUCUAAAAUAUGACAUCCCCAACAGGGUUCAUGGAGGGUGUUCACAUGACGUGAAUACGUCCAACAGCGUUUACACACAAAAUACAACUGUUUCAUCAGAUAAGCGUGGUAAUAUCUGGCGUGAUUCUCUAUUAUCUGGGCAGUGGCUGAAAAAGGCAAGGGAUAUAAAUGGUUCGUAUGACAAAACGAGUAUCUGAAAAAACAAACAAACAUGGGGUUCAAAAACGGGGUGGAUAGCCCAUGUCUUGCAACAUCUCACACCAAUAACAGGGAAAGGCUAAAUCGUGUACGCGACGAAAAUUCAAAAAACAACGACAACAUAGUAAUUUGAGUGGAUUCGGAUAUGGAAGGGCGACCCCUGUUCCAGUGUACCAUUGCACGAUACUACCACAAAAACACCAGGCCGCGGAGGUGCCAUGAACCCUGUGGGUGCUGAGAAUGGCAUGCGAAUCUACGAAAAAAUCAAUAAUAAUACUCUGUUUUUAUGAGUAAGAAAGCAAUGCGAUCGUGGAACCAGCAGCUGUUGUAGAUGUGGGUAUGCGUUUCUAAAAAGCAAUAUUAUUACAGAAUUGCAUGAAAUGUUGAACACAAUGAAUAUGGCAUCGGUGUUGCAAGGGAAGGAUCCACCCCCAUUCUUCAAUGACCUCGAUUACAUCUGAAAUAUUUCAUGAAGUUGGAUUACACAUUUGACCGUGCUAUAAUGACAUCUUAAUUGAAUGGGACGUAUCCAAUCUCCAUAUUCUUUCAACGUAAAAUGAAAGCCUACAAAGAGGUGGAAAGUGGACGAAUCAGGAUGCGAAAAAAAGGAGAGUUUAAAGAGGACACUCUCGGAAUCCAUUGCAAAUGAUGACGUAACAGGCAAUGUGUGCCUGUGAAAAAAUUAACUAAAAUUAAUCCUCUAAAAACCCAAGAGCAGCCAAAUCCGGUUCACCGACGUCACCCUGCCUCCGGAGAAACGAAUUAAUGCGAAAGGUCAUUCGCAAGGGAAAUUCGUCCCAUUCUCGUUGGUUAGGGUCCCCAUCCUGUACAUAUUGCACAAUUUCAUCUUCGGUGAGGGACCCCUCCCGGUUACCGGAAAUAAUAUCAUCUAAACGUAAACCAUCCAUCAUACGCUCACAAUGGUUGCAUACUCCGCCAUGGGUGGGAUGGGCGAGCCAUUGGUAAAUGUGACACACAGGCUGAUUCUCUAUGUACUCCCAAGAAUCUAACGAACAAAAAAUCAACACGAACAGUUUGGAACCCAGAACCGCGCGGCCCAAUUGAGUCUGGCACGUUGAGGGCAAAGACAUAGGUGGAUAGGCCACAGCACGGUUCGUAGAAACUCGAACCCCUUGAAUACCUCUAUAAAAAUCAAAAAAAAAAAAGGAAUAAGGAAAAAAGGGACCCACACCCGAAAAAAAUAAAAAGUCAUGAAACUCACCAGCCAUACGACGUCGAUGGACCUCGUGGUCGAGUUUCCGAGCGAUGGGGUGGUCCCACGGGAACGUUUUCGCCCAAUUCCGCAACUCUUCAUGCGUGCAGCGACGGAACAGCGCGCGGAACAACUCAUGGCCCAUCGGCAGGUGGUGCAAUAUCUUCAGCAUGUCAAUGAGGAUCGCAAUUGGUACGGAGAACAAAACCAGCGACUGGAGCGAGCUCACCAUGUUGAACAACUUGACGGAUCAAACUGGAAUGAGCUCACACGGAGCGCGCAACGGGAUUUAGAGACUUGAUGAGAGGAACUGAUUGGUGGAGAGACAUCACGUGGGGGAGUUUGAUCACGAGAGGAGAUUCUAGGGGGUACCCCCCAUGGGUACACUUUUUGAGUGGGACCCCAAGUCCUGGCGCGAGUGGGUGAUUGGUCCAAGAAACGGAUAACUAAGGCAGACUAGAGCGGAGAGGUCUCAUUCCAUGCUAGGUGCUGUCAUCAUGGACUGCCGAGGGUUAGUCGACCCCAGGAACAAACCGUUUGGCCGUGUAUUGCCUCUGGAAAUCCAGAUCAAGAUUAUGUUUUGGGUCCAUUGUUUCUAUACGAUGGACAAACGUAAGAAGGUGGUCCAAGAGUUUAAGGGAUUGCCCAAAUGCGACAUGACAGGGUUUCCCCAACACCUGGGCGAAGGUCGGUGGUGGAAUCAAGUGGUGUUGCGGUUGCGCACCCCUCGAAAAAAUGGGUGCCACCAUUGCCACCGUGUGAUGGAUCACCGGUUGUCGGUGAGUGAUUUUUUUUUUUAAGUGGUAUUCUUUUUUCAUGACCUUGACCCUGAAAAAAAAACUUUUGUCUGGUUUUGUAGAUUGGCAUGAUGGUGGAGAUGGCACGUGUCCCUCCCAAUCUGGACAAUGUGAUGAAUGAGGGGAUCGCGUUUAUCAUUGACCGGUUCAAGAAGCAGCUUCAGAAUUGUACCGUGGGUCAGUACCCCGUGAUGAUUGGCAGGAGAAAGCGUGCCUACAAUACUCUGGACAAAGUCAUGCAGAGACUAGAUUUGAUUUACAAUGUCAUGUCCGCUAUGAAUUUUAUUGUGGUUGAUAUACAUUGAGAUUAAAACAAGUGUUUUUGUGUUCAUUGACGUUUGAAUAAAGCUUCUAGGGUGGGAUAGAGGACUGGGUCUUCUUCUCGGGUGCCUACAAUGGCGGUCUUGUCUUGGAGGGUGGGUAAAGCGAUUUGUUUCUCGGUCAUGCCGUCACAGACUUGAUACUCUUGGGAGGUGGGAUUCCACCAACACCAUUGUUCCUUAUCCACAUCAAACACAUAGAGGGGUUUGCCUAAAAGUUGGGCCAUGACCACACCCCAUCCUGUGCCACCCAACAAAUGCUUGCCAUAUUCGUCAAAAUGACCCAAAGCGAGGACGAGGGACGCCGGCUGGAUGACGUAAUAAUUGCGUUGGAUGUACUGGAGGCUGAUGGGAUGAUGAAUUUGUCGACCCAAUCGAAACGCCACCUGGGUGACGGUAGGUGUGGCCGCAUCCAACUGGGACUGGGUCAAGGGCGUGAGGGACUUGGAACGAGGGUGACAGGGUGGGAUAAAGACCACACAGGUAUGACCAUACAAGUGACAUAAUCGCUCCACAUGCGUGUCCACGCCUUUAGCACCUCCGGUGUAAAUAGUCAAGGGCAUCCUCUGUGAAAAAAAAAAUGAAAAAAAAUUCAGUGUUUAUGACGAGGGAUGGGAGUCCAAGCCCACAUGGUAUGCGGUUCAUCAUCGGCGUACAUCAGGGGUACAUCCCAUUCCCGCUGGGUCACGGUUUGUUCAAAGACAUGUAAGACGCUACGACAAUCACUGCAAUCAUCCGGGAUCCAAUCCAGUCCUUGACCGUUGGCAAACGCCUGGUCUUUGGCUUCGGUACAAUAGUUGCAUAACAGUUCGUCUAAUAAUCGAUCACACCGUUUUUGCCACAAUACGCGUUGGGCGUUGAUUUGCGAAAGGGUGGGUAGGACAUGGGUCUGGCGACGUAACCAUCCACUCAUUUGACAGACCCGCACGUGGGCGCAAUGAUCAUGCCAGACGCCACUCCCACGUGCCAUGUGGGAAUGAUCCUCGCACCAAUUGCGACCAUGAUCGUGGUGAGCCAUGACAUUGGCGGUGGCAAUAGGGAGAUUGGCCAAGUCCCCACACCCCUGCCCUUCUAGGACCACGAGAGGGUAGGCAAACGGGGGCUCUUGCAACAUUUUAGCCAGGCCGUUGAGCGUGAACACCCCCAAUCGUCCCCGCUGGGGGGUGAGAUGCUGUUGACACCAACGGGUGAUAUCGUCUCGCAUUUGAUCGUAGGGAUGAAAGUCUUGGCGAUUGUACGCUGUGUAGGGUUCGAAGGGCAAGCCAUGCACAGUCUGGGUCUGACGAUCGACGCGCGUUUGGGCCUCCUCGGAUAAUUGAUGGUACGAUACGCCUAGGGGUAACAGGUAUUUGAACAAUCCAUGAUGAUGCCCCGUCCAAUCACAAAAAGCCAGUUCUCGAAUAAUAUAUUCGUCUCGGGAGAGGGCAAACCCCUGACUGAACACCAAGAGACCCACUUCAUGGAGCGCCAUGCUUACCGUUUCAAUGGGAUCGCGACGAAUGAGAGGGGUCGUUGACCCAUCACUGGUUUUAUAGCGACGGGGAUAGUCUCUGAUUGGUGGACCCACGGAUCACACCACGCUCACGAGAGACCAGGACGAGUUCGGAUUGGUGGAAAAAAGAUCGUAUGAGCAUCACGAGAUGCAAGAGGAGGGGCUAUAAAAGGCAGGCAAGACGUUCACCCAGAGUUAGUUCAGUCGAGGGAUGGAUCGUCAAGCCACUCAACCUGCGGCAGUGCCUUCGGGACGUAAACGACGUCGAGUGAGUAGUAAGAAGCCCAAAGAAGAAGCGCCAGCCCUAGACCUGAAAGCCGCUCGUGAACUGGAGAUGAAAGCCACCCGUGAUCUGGAGAUGACUCAGAUCGGUUUGUCCCGACCUGAAGCCGAAGCCCUAGAGAAGGAAGUCCUUCAAGACCCGUCCAGUGAACUCUCGGUGGCUCUGAAGGCCCUCUCCCGAGCUGAACUCCUAGAUAGGAAAGCCAAACAACCCCCUACCAGUGAACUGGUGAUUGCUCUCAACGCCUUGCCGAAAGCGGCCGACUUGACGCCACUGUCCACACCCUCCCCCACCGACCAAUCCGUGAACGCGUUGAUGGAGGGCACCCUAAAAGACUAUGAGGAAGAAUGUAUAGAGGAAGGAGGAGAAGAGCUAAACCAGAUGGACACUCAGUUCAACCAACUCCUGUAUGAAGCAUGCCCGUUUCAUCCCCAUCGAUUCCUUGAAUGCGUCAACCCCCAAUCCAAUUUUGGUCCCUUAAGGUUCAAGUGUCCCCAAGAAGGGUGUCCGGUCUAUUUGUUUGAAGACACGCGAGAGGUGAUGAUGGAGGCAUUGAAAGAAGACACGCAUCCUCAAGUCCAUGCCCGAGUGAAACGUGGAGAACUCAAGUGCAAAUGUGGGUUCGUUCCCAAGAUGAAAUUGAGUCGGACGGCCAAGAAUUACCAUAAAGUGUUUUUCAGUUGUGGGAGCUUUCUCACCCAUGCCAAACCCUGUGGCUACUUUCAAUGGCUCCAUGGUCCUCUAUGGUGUCCCCGUGAGCAAGCGCAACCAACCCUGAGACGAUGGGUGAAAGACACACCUGUCCCUCUUCUGAGAGGAAAAGACCCCGAGAAGGAGAGACCCUGGGGGAUGCACGCUGUGGAGAUGCGUUAUGGUGAGAGGCCAAACCCCGCGAUAGAAAAGUUAAAGUAUGAUCCAUGGAUGAAACAGUUUGGCGAUUCUGUCCAAGCCCAAGAGAAUGCGUUUGAGAGAAGGCGCCAUUUUCAUAAGAACUUUGGGAGCUCGUGCUUGUUUUGAAAAAACAUGUAGGUGUUUGUGAAAAAAACUAUUAAAGACAGAAAUUGGUCAUGAUUGGGUGUCAGUGUCUUGAUGUCGUUGCCACGCGCUUACGAAGAUCCCCAAGAACCUGGGGCCUUGGGUGGGGUCCAACCCUUUGCCCAAGCCCACAAAUUGAAAACCCCGCAAGCGCAACAGAUUCUUCAAUCCGUGUUGAGCUAUACGCUCCACAAACCCCGACGGACACGGUUUCCCACCACCCCCACCUUGGUCUUUGGCCGAGACGAACAAUGGCAGAUGGAUUUAGUGGACAUGCAAAAACUCAGUCGGUGGAACAAAGGCAACAAAUAUUUGUUAACGGUCAUCGACGUCUUGUCCAAGUAUGCCUGGGCCGUCCCCAUCAAAUCAAAGAGUGCCACCGACAUGAUCCGAGGGUUGGAAACGAUACGCCGACGGGCCUCGCCGCGACGACCCCUCCGUGUACAAACGGAUCAAGGCCAAGAAUUUUUGAAUCGAAAAGUCCAAGCCUGGUUCAAGAAACACGACUGGCAUCAUUUUUUCACGUAUGGGGAUAGCAAGGCCUCGGUGGUGGAACGAUGGCAUCGCACCUUGAAACAACGCAUGUACCGGUAUUUCACCGCGCACAAUACGUUACGGUACGUGGACGUCUUACAACCCUUGAUCUAUACCUACAAUCACGCCUAUCAUCGCAGUAUUGGGUUGGCCCCGCAUCAAGUCACCUUUCGAAACGAGUCCGAGGUAUGGGAUCGACUCUAUGGAUCACGGUUGAAGCAAAAGAUCCCCCCACCCAAAUGUCGCGUAGGGGAUCGGGUGCGUCUCAACAAGAAACAUCGUCCCUUCAAAAAAGGAUAUUUGCCGGGCUGGACGGAAGAAGUGUUUGUGGUCACGCAUGUGCGUCGUCAUCCCGUGGUGACCUAUCAGCUCAGUGAAUGGGACGGCACACCUAUAAAAGGCACGUUUUACGAACCCGAUGUCCAAAAAGUCCAAGUAUCGGACGAUUCAUUGUUUCGAAUCGAAAAAGUCUUGAAACGCAAAGGACGUCAAAUCUUGGUCCGGUGGAAAGGGUGGCCGGCCAAGUACGAUAGUUGGAUUCCCGCGCAACAUGGUCCGCGUCAAAAUAACGCCUCGAAAGAGAAAAAAGCGGGUGCGGUUUCUCGAUGAAGUCCAGGCGGAUUCCAGCCGACCGCGGGCCAGUUACACCCCACCCCCUACCACGGACGCGGACAUUAUGAACUUCAUCCAGAAAAAAGCCGCUGAACAACGGCAAACUCAACCGUGGUGGGAAAAGUUGGCCAGCCCCACCAAGCAGCAAUGGGCCUACGCCAAUGCUUACCAUCGAGCCGAAGAGUAUGCCAAGCAACGAGGGGCCUUACGGUCCCCACCCAAGAAAAAACAACGUCGACGCGCCGGUCGUCAUCCACCCAUGCGCAAGAAGAAACCCCCUAAACAAAAGACUUGCAUGACCCUGAUGGAACUGGCCCGGGCCUUUCCCAACAUUGCCCAGCAAGUGUGUUUUCAUCCCAAACAAUCGACCUUCAAUUCGUUAGUGGGACGCGUCCCUCGCAGUAAACAGAAAGUGGACCACUGGCUAUAAAAGGACCCUGCACCCUUGGGGACGUGCCUCUUGUUCAUCAUCAUGAGUGAGAUUAAACGCUUGACGCUCAUCAGUGAUCCGACCGAUGAGUUUCCCAACAAUGCCAACAACAGUUUCAAGGUCCGUCUGCCCGAACGCCUUAGCUUACCGGGCGAUGGUUGGCACGCCUCUCUAUUGUCCCUGACCGUGCCAGAUCAAGGCCAAAGCAAUGCCAUCAUCGCCGCGGAUCCUCAUACCAAAGUGAUCAAAUUCAAAAUGAACUAUGUGAUACGCAAGUGGGUGACGGGGAUGUACCGAUUCGCCGAGGUGAAAACCGUGGACUGCGUGUUGGAAUUGGAAGAGAUCAUGAACGCGAGUCAAAUCGUGGCGACGGGGAGUCAGUUUUGGAGACGCGUGAUGCAAGAAAUGCACAACAAAAUGAUGCACAAUGUGAUGGCGGAACAAAUGCGGUGGCUGGUCACGGAACCUGACCAAAGACCUGUUGUCAGUGCCAAACAAAACGCCAUGCCCCGACUGACCUGGAAAAAAGGUGCUUUGGUGAUUAAGGCCCUUCCCAUCAUGGAUUUGCUUAAAGAGGACAAGAAAGCCAUCACUGAUUUUUUCAUCAACCUGGACAUUGCGCUCAAGUUUGGAUUGGUGGAGGAAAAGACAGUCAACAACGCGACAAAGUAUUACCUAGGGCCCAAUUUGCAAUACACGCUGCCCAUCAAGACGUACGAUUCGGACACUCCACCCAAAGGGAAGUCCAAUCGCUCGCCCUACAACUGGGAAGGUGUGCAAUACGAGGCCGUCAAUCCCACCUUGAUGUUUGGCAAUAUGGUCAGCAGUAUUGAACAUGAUCCCCUGCAAGUUCGGACCCUUGAUGGUGUGAAGUUUUUGCAUUUGUCCUUGAUAGUGGAAUGGCAGUUGAAUAACCUAGAUGCCUCCUUUGAAAAGAUCGUGGGGACUCGCAAACGUACCGUCAUGGUCUAUUCGGAUCUCGUCGAAUCCACCGUGGUGGGCAGUGGCAAGUUUCCCCUGUUACGGGAAGUGCAAUUGUUGAGAACCGGCGAUGGGGAAAGUACGGCGGAACCCUUGCACCACCAAUGGAUCAAACUACGAGGCCAACAAAUGGAUAUCUUGGAAGUGGAGAUUGCCAGUACCAGUGGACCCCUGGCCAUUUUACCCCCGGGCAAAACCCUGGUGACCAUUGGUCUCAAAAAGUUAUAAAAAGCCACCCCACGUCUCUGGAAGGUCCAAAUAGCACCACGACGUGAACCGAUCAUGCGCGGAGGCAGCUUAACGCGGUACCACACACCCGUGCUCACCAAGCAAGAGGGCAAAGGGUUGGCCGAAGACUUGAUCAAACUGGCAGGACCCCUGAUUGUGCAACAAGCUCAAGCGGGACUGCAAGAUAUUCAACGAGGCAAGAGUGCCGCAGCCACCUGGGCCGAUCGAAGUGCCCAACUCAGCCGCGGCUUGAAACGCAAAGCCCCUGCCAUGGCUUGGACGGCGGGCAAACACAAGGUUAAACGGACUGCCCAAAAUACCUAUAAAAGAGCCACGCAACGCGUACGGGAUAUCUUUGGACUGUGAAAAAUGGUACGUGUAGGAGGCUUUCUGAAAACGCAAAAUCGUGUUCGACGGCAACGCGCCCGUGGACGGUUCAUUUCGCCGUAUCAAGUGGGGGGUACGAUUUUUGGCAAGUCGACCAUGGCGCGCUAUCCCCUGAUGAAUACGACGCAUCGGAUCAACCCCGAACCCUGGAGGGUGAAGCAAGCCCUGCGCCGCAUGAAAGGGGGCACGAUCUUUGGCAAGUUCACUCGCAGGCGCAAUAAUCCUUUGGGGUUCCCCACGGCGGCAGAUGGAAUCAAUCCUGCACCCUGGAGGGUGAAGCAAGCCUUGCGCCGUAUGAAAGGGGGCACGAUCUUUGGCCCGGGGGAUCUCCGAAAAGUGUUGUGGGCCAACCAAGCCAAAGCCAGGAAGCAACGUAGGCGAAAGGGUAUAAAAAGAGGACGCCGUUGAACCUCGUGGACAGAUCGCAUCAUGUCGCUCAGUCUGUUUGACGUGCCCGAUGUGGAUUAUCGGUACGAAGCCUCUCGGGAGGUGGAGUUUCAACCCGCCUUGACGGGCAUCCAACCCAUCACCUUCUCCAUUCUAGGCUCCGACGAUUAUUACGACACCAAUUCUCUUCGCUUCAAAGUCAAAGUACGCCUGACCGAUCCUGCCGCUGGGUACAAUGGGUUGGUGGCCAAUCUGGCCGACUCCGAUGCCAACAAUUCCAGAAACACCUACUGCGUCAACAAUUUCGGUCACACCAUCUUUCGAGACAUUACCAUGAGCAUGAAUGGCGUCCUCAUGACAGAACAGAGCAACACCUACCAUUACAGAGCCUACGUAGAAACCCUGCUGAAUUACAACCGAGAAGAAGGAGCCACCAAGCUAGCCCCUCAAGGAUGGGUCAAUCAGCUCAAUGUGAUUCCCGUCAUGGGAGCCACAGGAGCCAAUUCAGAUAUCCCCACCGCUGCGAAUUGGAGUGGCAAUACAGAAUUGCGAGCCCUGACCAGCAAGUUACUGGGUGAAAAUUGGCACACUUUCAUCGUUCGUCCCCAUUUGCCACCCCUGAAGACAGGCAAAUUGUUGGUCCCCAAUGUCCAGAUGGACUUUGAACUCUUCCUGAACCCCAACUCCGUCUACCUGCUGGGCACCCCUAACAAAGGCACCUUGGUAGCCAAGAAAUUUCCAGCCAUCCACAAUGAUGACAUCAAAGUCACCUUGUUGAUGAGAAAAGUGACCUUGAAUGCCAGCGUCUAUGUCAGACUGCAGAAAGAAAGACAGAUUGCAAAACAGAUUGCCCGCUACCCUGUUGUACGAAGCGAAAUUCGCACGUUUUCCUUUGAUGGACGCACCACCCAGUGGGAACAAGACAAUGUGUUUGUGGGUCGAUUUCCUGAUCGAGUGAUGGUGGGAUUAUUGCAUUCCAACACCUUCAAUGGAGACCUCACCAGAUACCCUUUUGCCUUUCAAAAGUUUGGCGUCACCCAAGUACGACAGACCUUGAAUGGAGAAGAAUACCCUUACAGAACCCUGCAAUUGACUGGAGACCAAAACUAUGAAGAUCUGCUGGGCUACGAUCGAUUUCUACAAGCCAUGGGUGCCUACAAUGAAGAUAAGAUUCCCAUGCUGCUGCCUAGUGAUUGGGGACAAGGCAAGAACUGCACGUUGUUUAUGUUCAUCAAUGUGCCCAGUGGAAAAGCAGAUGACCCCCAGUAUCGCAACCCCCGUCAAUCAGGCAAUACGCGACUGGUGAUUGAUUUUGCUGCAGCCGUGGGUCAUAACAUUACUAUAUUGGUAUGGAGCGAGUAUGAAAACAUGUACGAGAUCAAUCAUCUGGGAGGUAUAAAGUACAACAUCAACGGAUGAAGUUGCCUCAGAAGUCAGAAGACAUUGGUCAUGGAGUUUGUGGCGCUCAGCGAUACUGUGUUGCGGACCCUGGCCUUGGAGGAUCCCACCUUACGACGUGUGUUUCAUGGGGUGCACCCAGCCGACCAGCUCCCCCGAUCCCCCGCCAUGAGUGUCCGUCAAGCCUACAUUGUCAACACCGAUCCAGCGGGAGAACCGGGACAGCAUUGGUUGGGUCUAUGGACAGAAAAGAACCAGUGCGAGAUCUUUGACAGUUAUGGUCUACCCCUGCACGUGUACACCAACCCGGAGUUGCACCAAUGGUGGGGUCAAUGGAAGUACCUGACGCGCAGUGACCAGACCCUGCAAGCCCUGGAUAGUCAAACCUGUGGCCAUUAUGCGUUAUUUUUCUUGAAAGCCCGUGCACAAGGACGGUCGUAUCAAGAAUUUUUAAGUCAAUGGAGUUGCGACAAUUUAGUGUUGAAUGAUCAAAAAGUGGCCGAGCAGUUGAAACAGGUGAUCAAACGGGAAUUACAAGAUGAAGUCCAUGCCCGACCUGACGGGGGGCAAAAGAAUGUGAGCCGCCAGGCCUUUAUCACUUGUAAUCAUUGUGAGUGUUGAAUAAAAACCCAUAAAACGAAGUGUGUGGUCCACGAGUGGUCAUUGUCUCUCAUCAUGAUUACGCGAGCCGAUGUCCAGCGGGUGGUGGAUGCGUUCAUUCUGGAAGAAACCUUGUAUUGGUGGGAACACCCCAUCGAAAAGGUCAACACGGUGCGUGGCAUCGAUGCCUGGGAUGGGUAUCAUUGGUUAAUGGCCCGACAAUUGGCACAAGACCAAGAUUGGGUCUCCCUCAAACAGUACAUGGACAGCAUGAGCGAAACGUAUUUAAGAGAAACCAUGGAAGGUCUGAUCCAGUCCGAAUCGCCUCGCUUAUACCGCGACUAUUGGACGGCAUGCCCAGACGACGACGACGACGACAGCGCGCCUCCACCCGACGACCCCGCUUUCGCCAAAACGGACGAGGCAUCAUGAGCGUGUUGGGCAAAGCGUAUAAAAUCGGCGACCAAUUGGGACGGGACAAACGGUAUAAACGCAUGGGUGCUAAAGGGGCCACCGGUCAUUAUCGACGUCACCCUCGACCGUGGGAAUCAUGAUCCGACAACCUAGCAGUGUGAUCAUCGCGGGCCCGUCGGGCAGUGGCAAAAGUGACUUGGUGGAACAAUGGUUACGGUACCUGAACGUCUUUCAAGUCAAACCCCGCAAGAUUGUGUAUGCUUAUGAUCGCUGGCAACCCCGAUUCGAGCGUAUGCAAAAAAAAGAGGGGAUUCAGUUUCAUCGCGGAUUACCGGACCCCCGUCAUUUGACGCAAUGGUUUGGUCGGACGCGCGGCGGGGUACUGGUCUUGGACGACCUGAUGGAAGAAGGGGGACAAGACAAGCGCGUGUUGGAUUUGUUCACCAAAGAUUCGCAUCAUCGCAACAUUACGGUGCUGUAUUUGACGCAAGAUUUAUUCCCGCCGGGCAAAUUUUCCAAGACCAUCAAUCGCAACGCGCAUUACAUUGUGGCGUUCAAAAACCCCCGGGAUCAAACAGGGAUACGGACGAUUUUAUUGCAAGCCUUUCCGGAUCGGUGGCGUCAAGUCUUGCGCCUAUUUAAACGCAUCACGGCCCGCCCCUUUGGCUAUUUGAUGUUGGAUGUACAUCCGGCGUCGGAUGAUCGCUACCGCCUGUGGAGUCAUUUAACGCCUCGAGAAGGCAAAGCGCAAGUUCACACCUUGCGGGCGGAUGUCCCUGCCGUUCGACAACGCCCUGCAACGAGAACUCGCCAGGGUCCGCCGGCAAAGAGAAGGCGGACAACAUACUGAGUUAGCCACUCGCAUGGACACACCGACCCUCUCGCCCGCGGGGGUGGGUUCCCCUUCGGUCCUCCGGGAUCUCAGCAGCAUGACGGACAUGGUGACCGAAUUGUCUCGACCCGUGGAUCGUGUCCAAUUGGAGCAACACAUUGACGAUUUCAAUUUGACCUACCCGGUCAAUGUAGACGAUGCCUUGAAUGCAUUCACGCUCCCGCCCGUGGCAGGCACUGGCACUGCCCCCGCCACCACCACGGCACCACCACCAUCCACCAUCACCACCACCGCUCCCAUCACUACCACGGCUGCCCGUCCCACCACAUCCACCCGAACUCGUCCCACCACGACUACCACCACCACCAGUCGACCACGACCCGUCACGUCCACUCGAACACGCCCCGCCACUACCGCCACGACCACCACCGCCCCCUCCCGCCCCUCCACCAGCCGCCGCAGUGCCGGGGCAGGGACCAGGACUACCACCUCCACGGUGACGACCCCCACUGGACGCCCCACCAUGGCCGCCAAACAACCGCGACGGCGCCCCAGGGUGCCCUCCCCACCAUCCCCCGAUUCGUCCCCUCCGUCUGAUGACGAGGAUGGCGAUGAUGAUGAUGACGAUCGACGGCGAGGGUUAAGGCGACGGUUGGAUUUGCUCAAUGAAGAUGCUCAAGAACGGGCACGAGGUCGACGGAUUCGCAACAUCACGCACACCAAUACAGUUACGACCGUGUAUGAAGAGGGUGGUCGUCCCUCGGUGCGCCGCACGUCCACCCGAACCUCCAGCCCAAGUCCACCCAGACCACCACGCCGAGGACGGGGCCGUGGCCGUGGCCGAGCACGCGGACGGGGCCGAGCCCGUGGACGAGGAGGCAGUUCUUCAUAAAAGGUAUAAAAACCGUGGCUUCCCUUCUAUCGUCCCAAAAUGUGUGGUGAAUGUCGACACGCCAUGGGCCCUCGACGCAAACGCCAACGUAGGACGACACGACGACGACCCGCCAAACGACGACGGCGUGUGAGUCAAGUAGGGAGUGUCGCGGCCAGUCUGCCUAUGGGCAUUCUCAAAGCCGGUUAUGGAAUCACCAAAGCCAUCGGGGAUCAUCAAACCAAGCGUGCCAUCGCCAUUGGCGAAAAACGUCGACGAGAAGUGGCUUCAGGCAAACGGAAAAAAUACGCGGGGGAAUCCUUUAAUUGUUCCAUCAUGUGAAAACUAUAAAAGACCAAAGGUGUGUCCUCCAUCGGACAGAUCAUCAUCAUCAUGCACUGUGGUCCACGACAACGACGAAAACGACGCCGAAAACAACAAGGGGGUAUUCUCCCACUUCUCAUCCCCGCGGCUGUUGCGGCAGCCGUCCUCAUGAAGAAGAAGAAAAAAAAAGUGGGCAAGAUCAGUGCAGCGCAAAUGGCCGCCAAUCAACGACGAGUCGAGCGGAUGUUUAAUCGAAUGCCGGGUUGGGGUGGAUUCAAAACGCUGAAAAGGCUAUAAAAGAAAACACUGAAAAAAAGCUAUAAAAGAAACGCUUGGUGGGACACACGAUUCCAAUUGAGGAUGGUCCGUGGACCCAACGGUCGCCGACAUCGUUAUGUCCCUCGAAUACGACGCCGACGACGUGGAUUGCAACGUGGAGGCGUGCUCCCCAUGUUGGCAUUGGCUCUCUCGCCUGGGGCGUUCAAGAAGAAACGGCAGGCGCGCCGACGCUAACGUGACCAAGAAACGAAAAGCCGUCACGUUUGCAUUGGAUUGGGACGACCAGUAUGAAGCGGCUUUGUGUGCACGGUGUCGACAUCACAUGCAAACGCAUUAUCAUGGCGAAUUGUGUGGUCGAUGUGGCGCCAUUUUUACCAUAAAUAGACCUUGGUCCUUGCCUGAACUGAAGAUUCAUCAUGGGGUGGCGCAUGGAACGUCAAGCCCCGUUCUUAAAAAGUGUCUUACAAGAAGCCAAUCAACACAAACGCCAAGAAUUGUUGCGGAUGGCCAAUGCGGAUCAGAUCAAUGCUGUCAGUGAAUUGGUGAUGAACACUCUCCGUGGCACGGUACCCCGUUCCCGACAGACCAUUACGUUGCUCAAACCUCACGCUCAGAGUUUACGCGCCAUGGCCAAACCCGCCCAUUCCGUCAAACGACGACGCGCCAUCAUGAUGGCUCAAAAAGGGGGCGCCCUCUGGCCGGAACUCUACCGAUGUUAUAAACGUUGCAUGCGCUAGACCAGACUCCUCAGUUGCACCAUGGAACCCGAGAUGGUGAGCACCACGGUGAACAACGCCCCGGCUUUUUUACAAUUACGAGACCAGUACAAACAAGAAUUGGUGGAAGAUACCCGCUUGACCAAAGCCGCUGAUUUAGCCGCCAAACAACAUGUCCUCCUGACCAGUGACGCCCCCGAUGCUUGGAAACGGCCUCAACUCAAAGCCGUGAGCCGUCAAUUACGCCAUUGGACCAAAAAAGUGCGCCAACCGUUCGGAGCCCCAGCUGGGGGUGUGAGUGCCGCAGGGGCCACGACUCCGGGCGACGAUGAUUUUGAGGCAGGCCCGAUGCAAGCUUGGUUCACGCAAUUGGUCAAGGCCACCCAGGGUAUAAAACAAGGCACCCCGACUCGUGGACCCAGAAAACCCCCUGUCCCGCCCAAACCAAGGUUCACUCCCAGUGCCAAAAAGAAACUCAAGUUCACGACCCCUGCAACUCCGUUGAGCAGCGAAGAAUUGGCGCACGAGUUGCCCUUUUCAGAGGAGCCUGGAACAGGACCUUGGGAUACCCCCAGUGAACGUGUGGACUCUAUCAAGCAAUCGGUCAAGCGCGAGAUUCUCAAAAAAGCCGCUGGUGUCGCCAAAAAGAAAGCCGCUGGUUGGGCCAAGAAAGCCUUGGAUUGGAAAUCGUGGAAAACCCCCUAAGAUGGGACGCAAACGCCGUGCAGCGACUCGUUCCCGAACGAGGCGGCGACGACGCUCGCAACGGGGCGGCAAGUUAUUUGAUGUGCAAAACCUCCUUAACAAGACCGGUAUUGAAUUUCAUUGGCCCGGUUAUCAGUAUAUGGGUCCUGGCACCCAUUUAAAGAAACGAUUGGCCCGUGGGGAUCCCGGCAUCAACCGGUUGGACAGGAUUGCGAAAGCGCAUGACAUCGACUAUGAUAAAGCCAAGACGUUGAAAGACAAAUGGGCGGCGGAUCGCAAGAUGAUUGCCAAGAUUGAUCAACUCCCUGGUAGCAAAAACUUGACAGAGCGUUUCGUUAGACGCAUUAUGAAAGCCAAACUCCGAUUGGGCAUGUAAACCCCCUUAGUCAUAAAAAAGACAACAUGUUAAAUUGCACAAUACACUGAUUUAAUUAAACUUCAUUUUUUUCGUUCUUACAAAUACAUGUCCAUUUUCUGCAAGGCCUCAGCGCGAAGGGUCUGUACCUUGUCCUCGUCAGGCUCGGACUCGACCCAGUCUAAGGGUAGCCACGGGAGGGGAAAGGGAUGCUCCAAGGCCUCGUCCAACCAGGACCAUUCUCGAAGCCGAAUGGAUUCCAUUCGCUGCUCGUACCUCUGUUUCUGUAGAGCCUUCCACCCUUCUUCGCCCAACGCACGUUUUUUCUCGUGAGCAAUUUCUCGCCGCCGUGCAUUCAAUCGCUGCUUGUACGCUUCAUACAACCCCUUGUCCUUCAUUUUUUGCAUCCAGUUACGCUGGCACUGGGCGUUUUUGCGUUUGACCUCAUUUCGCUGCUCCUCGGUCAUGCCAUGGUAGCGCCGCAUCCCCUCCUCGGUCUUUUUGGCCUUGAAAGCCUCAUACUCCCCAUUGGCCCUCAUACGGGCCAUCCGCUCGUGGUAGCGACGACGGUGCAUGGCCUUCACCUCCUCAAUCCCAUUCGGAGCCGCAUAUAGGCGCUGCCGAUACUGUUUUUGCUGUUCUUUGGUUCUUUUAGGGUCCCGUUUUCUCUUGGGGGGCUGGUGCGAUCCUGGCAUAUCCAUGCUCUUGUUCUAAUACUCGGGCCGCACACACGUCCGCCAACGCACGUAACUCUCGGAAGGGAUGGGGUGUCUCCCGAGCCCGGGCACGACGGUCCCGUUGCUGCUGCACAAUUUGAUCGCGGUGUCGACGAUAAUAUUGACGGUUCAGCGCCCGCACUUGGUCUCCGUGCGUGGCUCGGUAUCGGUUACAGGCCAACCGAUUCAAUUCUCGGGCUCUGGCAAGCUGUUCCUGGGUCGGAGGCGGCUUAGGCGGUUUGGGCGGCUUGAGCUUUUUCUGAGCUGCCCGCUUCUCACGUUUCUUUGCCUUAAUCUCUUCUCGGUGUUUCAGGUACCACCGGUGUUUAGCUUCUUUCACCUUCUCAGGAUCUCGAUUAGGCAUGUCUCAAUGGCAACUGACGUCUGGUCUGGACGAGGGUCUAUAUCUAGAGUUCUCUCCACCAAUCACCGAUCUCGUACCAGGCUCAGCGGAGACUGGAGAAAUCUGUACCCAUGGGGGGCACCCCCCUCAAUCUUCCUCCGGUCCAAUCAACCCCUCACUUGACUCUCACCUGACUCUCACCUGAGCCCCAUCCACCAAUCCCGGUUCGUCUGAUCACGUGUUUUUAGGUCUAUAAAAGCCAGCGUCUGGCGCGGGAAAUUCAAAUUGUCUCCUCCGUCAUGGCGGAAGACUCUUGGUAUCCUGACAGUGAGGAGGAGGAGGAGGAGGAGGAUGCUCUGUUGAACCGCGCUUAUGACCGGUGGGAACAGUUGGGCGGGGCCGCUCCCGCCCGAGGCCCUCUCUUUCAAUUCACCAUGCAACCCAUCGGUCGACGACGCCGCUGGCGCAAUGUGGUGGAGCGGGCGCAAUUCAACGCGCAAUUGCGUCAAAUGAGGGAUCCGGGUCCUGGGGAUAAUAUUGGGAUGGCACUCACGGAAGCAUUACACCAAGCCAUUGAAACGGAACUCGGCCGUGAACAGCGACCCGCCCAUCAUUUUGUGAACUUUGCUAUUACAGCGCAUGGGUUCACCCACGCCUAUCAAACUGCCAAUUUCACUGUGGGGGAAUUUUUACAACGUACGGCUCGUUUGGAUGAGAUGUUGGCCACCCUGGCUGGCAAGUUAAACAGCAAUGAAGCCUUCAACCCCGAUCGCGGGUUCCAAGUAGAUGUGGUGUUUGUCUCUAUGCCUGGCCCAGGGUCUGGUCGACACAAAAAAACACUCAAUGCAGGACGUUCAUGUUUGGAUCGAGUCAAUAAAAAAAAGAAAUGCAUCAUCCCCAUCAAAAACAGAGAUGCCCUAUGCUGUGCCCGCGCCAUUGUCACCAUGCGAGCCCAUUGCCAUAAAGAUCAAGGCGUGGACGGGUUUCGCGACUGGGAGAAUCUCAAACGUGGGCUUCCUGUGCAGCAGCGUCAAUCCCAGGCCCUCCAUCAACAAGCAGGUGUGGCUGAGGGUCCCUGUGGAUUACCCGAGCUUCGUCAAUUUCAACAAGCGUUGGGGUCUCAAUAUCAACUCUUGGUGAUGACCCGGAUGAAACCGUUUUUUUUGAUCUUCAAAGGCCCCACCGCCCCUCAUCAGAUUCGUUUACUGAAAUCCAACGAUCAUUUUGAUGGCUGCACGUCUUUUCCUGCCUUUGUAAACCGUUCGUAUUAUUGUGUGGACUGUGAACGGGGGUUCAACUCCAACGAUCGGACCCAUCACACUUGUCAAGGAAGACGUUGCUCCGCGUGUGGGCGCUUUGAUUGUCCGGAGUAUGUGCGUGGCACCCGUCCCACCGAGUAUUGCAGUUCGUGUCACCGCAAGUUUUAUGGUAUCCAUUGUAUGCAAUAUCACGUGGUCAGCCGACAAUGUCAAUCCAUCAAAUGCUGUCGCAAGUGUCAAGCCCAAUAUACGGUCGUCCGCAACCAGCGUCACCAGUGCGGGUACGCCAAAUGCCUCGUGUGUCAGGAAUGGGUACCCAUCCAAGACCAUAAAUGUUACAUUCAGCCUGUGGUGGAGGAGCAUGAGGAGACUGAACCCACAGAGGAGGGGGGAGGUCGCAUGGUGGCGCCACCCCCUCCCCUGUUUGUUUACGCGGAUUUUGAAGCCAUGCAAAAUGAGGAAGGCGUGUUUGUAGCCAAUUUGUUGUGUUAUUCAUCGAGUGCCGAAACGACUAUUCAUGUAUUGGACGGGGAGGAUUGUGCCCUACAAUUUUUGCGUGAUUUGGAUGAUCUCACCGACGUUCCAGACAGCGAGGGCGAGCGGGAGAUUCUCGUGGUAUUUCACAAUUUGAAAGGCUUUGAUGGCAUGUUUAUUCUCCACGAACUCUACCAGCAACAACGCGUGGUCGAGGAUCAACUGACGGUGGGAGCCAAAGUCCUAUCGUUCAAGAGCGGACCCCUCAAAUUCAUUGACUCGUUAUGUUUCUUGCCCAUGCCACUCGCUUCUUUUCCCAGUACCUUCAAUUUGACCGAAUUAAAGAAGGGGUUCUUUCCCCAUUUAUUCAAUACCCCCGAUCACCAACAGUAUGUGGGCCGCAUCCCCGAUUUGGAGUUUUAUGAUCCUGAUGGCAUGAUGGCCAAAAAGAAAGAGGAACUGACCCGUUGGCACGCCGAUCAAGUCCGUCGAAACGUGCCCUUCGAUUUCAAACAAGAAAUGAUCGACUAUUGCAAAUCAGAUGUGGCUCUAUUGAAAGCGGGGUGUGAAGCCUUUCAAGAGGAAUUUGAACAGCAGGCUGGCUUCAACCCUAUGGCCAAGUGUAUCACCAUCGCCAGUGCUUGCAAUCUGUAUUGGCGCAAGCAUCAUUUGACCCCCGACACCAUUGCGGUGGAACCUCUCGGAGGGUGGCGAGGGGCCCAAGUCAAUCAAUCCCUCAAGGCCCUCCAAUGGCUCUACUACCAAGAACACCUUAUUCCCAAAGAGGGGGCCAGUGCUGACCGUAUUCGUCACGUUCGUAACGGGGGCGAACAGUCCAUCCGAACCAGUGCCAAUACUCAUUUCGUGGAUGGCUACGAUCCCCUGACUCGCACCGUCUACGAGUUUCAUGGAUGUCUCUACCAUGGCUGUCCCCGCUGUUAUCCUAAUAGGCAAGCCAAACAUUAUGUGGUGCCGGACAGAAGCGUCGAGGAACUCUAUCAAGCCACGCUCUCCAAACGCAUGGCACUGCUCCGAGCAGGCUAUACGGUGAUCGAAAUGUGGGAAUGUGAAUGGGACAACUUGGUAGACAGUGAUGAAGCCGUCCAACAUUUCUUGACGUCCUUUGAUCUGGUGGCACCCCUGGAACCCCGUCAAGCCUUCUUUGGAGGUCGAACCGGUGCCGUCGCUCUGCAUGCCGUGGCUGGAGAGGGUGAGGAAAUACGUUAUGCGGACGUGACCUCCCUGUACCCGUGGGUCAACAAAAACUGUCCUUACCCCAUCGGGCAUCCGCGGAUCAUCACGCAGCCCGCUGACCAGUCCCUGGAAUCCUAUUUUGGUGUCGCCACCGUGGAUAUUCUUCCCCCCGCUGGUUUGUUCCACCCUGUUCUGCCCGUGCGCAGUGGAAACAAACUCACGUUUCCUCUCUGCCGCGCCUGUGUCCAGACCGAACAGGCCCAAUCCAUGCUGACUAGAACCCGUUAUUGCCCUCAUUCUGACACGGAACGCACGCUACGCGGCACCUGGUGUACACCCGAAUUGGUUAAAGCUGUCGAAAAGGGGUACACGCUGAUCAAAAUCCAUGAAGUCUGGCAUUUUCCCCCUGAGCAACGCCAAACAGGUCUUUUUGCUGAUUACGUGAACACGUGGCUCAAGAUCAAACAGGAAUCCGCGGGGUGGCCGAGUUGGUGUCAGACCCUUGAGCAGAAACGCGACUACAUUCUUCGUUACCAGGAACGGGAGGGUAUCCGACUGGACAUUGCCAGCAUAGCCAAAAACCCCGGUCGCAAGACCACAGCCAAACUCAUGCUGAACAGCUUCUGGGGUAAAUUCGGGGAGCGAAUCAACAAACCCACCACUGUCACCGUUCAACAGCCCGCCGAUUUGUUCAAUCUCAUCUCUGAUGCUGCCCUCGAUCUCAGCACGCUCCGCCUUUGUACCGACGACAUCUUGGAGGCUGUCUACACCAGUGUCCACGACAAUGCUGUCAAAGGCACCAAGACCAACAUUUUCGUGGCAGCUUUCACCACCUGUCAUGCUCGAUUGAAGCUGUAUGAGUCCCUAAACACCCUUCAACAGCAAGUCCUUUACUAUGAUACAGACAGUGUGGUGUACAAGUGGCGUCCCGGUCAACCCAGCAUUGCCACCGGGGAUUUUCUCGGCGACAUGACCGACGAAUUAGAUGGAGACGUCAUCACCGAGUUUGUUUCGGGGGGCGCCAAGAAUUAUGGGUACCAGACCCGUGGUGGCAAAGUGGUGUGCAAGGUACGCGGUUUCACCCUGAACGUCCGCGGGUCGGCCAUUCUCAAUUUUCAGACUAUGAAAGACAACAUUCUCUCCGAAUUAGACUCGCCUCAGGACUCUCGCCGAAAUUUGAACAUGACCAACCCUUAUUAUUUCAAACGAGAUCUAGAAAAGAAACAAAUUCAAGUGGUUCCGCGCGUGAAGCAGUAUGGGUUGGUGUUCGACAAGCGUGUCAUUGAUGUCACCACUCGUUCCAGUUAUCCCUAUGGCUACGAAAGGAUUGGGAAUGAACUCGAUUUGCUAUUAGAUUUGUAAAAUGGGCGUGAUCUCAUUUGGAGGUCACCUACGUCCCGCUUGUAUCCAGGCUCUACGCGGUCAUUAAAACUAUGUGAAAAAUGCAGAUUCAACUCUUAUGUGCGAGUGUUCUUGAUUCCAUGGGGUCACGUGUCAAAUCAUGCCCAUAUAUGGGCAAUUGUGACGUCAAUAAGUCACAUGGGUGAAAUGCGCGAUUCUGAUUGGUCGAGAAAAUUUUUGCUGCGCUCUGAUUGGUUGGUACUCUAAGGGGCCCCUUACACUACUAUGGGGUUGAAAUGCGAAAAAUUAUAUACUUCAGAAAAUCGGGAAUUUAUUAGAUAACGUUUCGAAAAUUGUGCAUGAAUGGAACGGUCAUCUAGAAACUUGUAGCCUUCCUCAAGCUAUAGAAAAUUCUAGAAAUUUUUGCUUCUUCGAACAGAUAUUUUGCAAAAACAGUCGUUGGGGGUGCCCCUAAUUUAAUACUGGAGCGCGCAUUUAACAACUGACUUUUUAUUUUUACUAUAGAGGGAAAUGUUAGCCAGUCAACCUAUCAGAUCUUGAGGCAAAUAAAUGUAGCUCUGUGAAGCGCAGAAAAGGCCUGCGAACAAAUCACCAUCGGUCUUACCCGUUAUACCGUUUCUUGUUAUUAUAGUUUUGACGGUUUAGAUGCCGACGCAUGAUUUUAUUCUCUGAUAACAAAGUGCGGCACUGUAAAUCAAAAGCACUCUAAGCAAUAGUUGCCCAAUAAAAAAGGAUGGGAGUCUUUUAAAUUUGGCAGUGAUUAAAAAAGAUGUACGUAAUCGUCAUGUCAUGAGCGCCAGGGGAAGACAAAGAAAAAAGUUUGAGUUCCUGACGGGAUUCCGACCUUUGGUAUCUCUGCCAAUACCAGGCACGCGGGCGGGCGAUCGGACGAGCUCGCGGUCGGGCGGGCGCAUCCACUGAUCGAUGGAGAGGUCUACUCAUUCAGAGCGAUUUACAAAACGCGUUGCCUGCAUACUGUUAGGAUCAGAUAUGUCAAGAGCAUGCUGAUUGGUGAUAAGUAAAUAAAUAAAGAUUAAAGGGAAUAUUAUUUAACAUAAUCAGCACUUACUCUUUCUGCGGUUUAAGCAUCUGGUUUAAACCUCGUUCAAGCCUUUCGUUGGUUUUUUUUUUUUGCUUUGUCCUUAGGUCUCAUGGGUUGGUGUUGUCCUUGCUUCCUGUUGUGCAGCAUUUCCAGCCGCAUGCAGGAAGGAUUUGCUUAUGGCUGCUGCUGCUCUGAAAUCGCACCGUUCACUCUGCGUGCCAAGCUGAGAACAGAACAGCAUAUUCAGGUAGGUCUUUUCAGUUUUUGCUUUGGUAGAGAACUUGGCGAUUGUGUACACACGUUUUUGCUUUGUUUGUUUGUUUUUGGGAAAUCUUGCAAGCGAGUAAGCGCGAAAAACCCAAGCCCCCGCCCCACCCCCAAAAUCCUUGCGCUAGCAUUCAACUGCCAACCCACCAAUACAAUACACCAACCCACCCACCCACCUGACCCACCCACCUGAUACUUUGUAAAAGGAUAACUCAACUGUGUGGCCAUGUUGUAACACCUUAGUUUUUAUGCGGUACCGGCCCUCGAGUGUUCAUAUCUUUUCGACCUACAUUCACGGACAAAAGUAUUUCGGAAGGUUAGUCCUCAAAAAAGAGAGUUCUCUCUUUUGCUAAAUAUCUCUCUUGCCUCCCUAUUAAUUGUUGGGAUAUAACAGAGCAAUCACGCGCACAAACAUUGACGUUUUGCUCAGUAUUGGGCCAGGGGCGGGCGUGGGGAAGAGAAAGGUAAAAAGUAGCAGCCUUCCCAACACUUUCGACGAUAAGAAUGGUGGCUUAACUGCUGCUUUUUUUUUCAGGGUUCUCUGUGCAAUGAUGCCCUCACCUUGAUGUUUUGUCUUGAAUGCUCUCUCUGCCAGAUGGACCGUGAACUCAACGCAGUUGGAAAGUGA